GAUGGAACCUCGUCGCACGUCAAGCGUUUAUUCCGACACCUUCGAGCUCGAUGACCUGCUGCUGAGGCUCACAAAGCAGGCUGAUGAACAGUACGACACGGCCAUACCCCUGAUACUUCAGGAGAACAUGACUCUCUAUGGCAAGCUCACGGCGACGCGUGAGCUGUGGAGGACCAUGCUUGGCCUGAUGCGGGAGCUUUUCGAAUUGGCAGAUCAGCUGCAUGCGUUGCUGAGGACGACGAGGUCGACAUUGGAGCAGGAAAGAAUCAGCUAUCUGGCGAAUUGCACCGCAUUCUAGGUUGUCAAAGUACUAUAAAUCGUUUGGGCGGUCCGAUCCAUGCGCACCUAGCAUCGAUGCAUGUUCUCCUAGACGUGGUUACGAACAACUCUUUGAAACAGAGAUGCGCGCCCCGAAGAACCAGCUCAUCCCUGCAUGGAGUGCAGACAUCAGUUC